CCUGAUCAUGAGUACAUUGUUUUAUAUGAUCAAGAUACUCAGAAAAUGGUGUGUCAAUGUCAAAGAUGGGAUAGUUAUGGCAUUCCAUGUUCUCAUAUGUUUUGUGUGAUGAAACGGGAACAGAUCAAGGAAUUGCCAGAAACUCUUAUAUUGAAAAGAUGGACUAAAAACGUUAAAAAAAUUGACGAUGAUCAAGGUAACAUAAACGGAAAAGAGGACGAAGAAAGGAGCAUUCUGAUGCGGAUAGGUGCAUUAUCAGUUGGUAGUUCUCGUAUGAUAUACUUAGGAGGCAGAAAAUUAUCUCAUUUUCGCUACACAAUGAAUGAAAUUUGUAGAGUGACAAAAGACUUGGAAGCAAAAUUAGAGCAGACUAUUUCACCGGAAAAAGGCAAGAAAGUUGGUGAUCCUUCUGUUGCAAAAUCCAAAGGUGCACCAAAAGUCCGAAAAGAUGAAAAUAAAAGACGACAAUGUUCUAAUUGCAAUCAAACUGGUCACACAAAAAGAAAAUAUAUAGAAACAACUGCUGAAAAAGAUGUUCAACAUAAUGAUAGAAUGUUCAACGAAGAUGAAUUUGAAGAUGGUGUUGAAUCUGUUAGUAUUCUAAAUGAUCAGACUCCAAUAGCUUCUUCUGUGGAGGUAAAUGUUAAAAAUAUACACUUUUGGAGUCAGAAAAAGAAUCCACAAUUGUCUCAAGAAGAUAUAAGUAAAGUCUAUAAUUCUGGUAUGCAUAUUUUUCAAUUUAGUAUAUUUCCAAUUCAAUCAUUCUGA